CCUUCCAUUCUUCUUCAUCUUCUUCUUCCUUCUCUCUCUCUCUCCUCUCACCUUCAACAAUGGCACCCAUUACUACCUCCUCCUUCUAACCCAACCCUUCUUUAAUCUCACUCCCAAUUACUCAACUUCCCCCAUCUUCUUCUUCUUCAUGUCUAAUUCUGAUCAUACUAAUGGCGUCUCCAAUGGCGCUACCAUCGACACUCACAAGAAUCACUCCUCUUCCAAUGGAGCUCUCGUUGUUAAAAAGCCUCCUUCUAAGGAUCGUCAUAGUAAGGUUGAUGGUCGUGGCCGUCGUAUCCGUAUGCCUAUCAUCUGUGCCGCUCGAGUUUUCCAGCUCACUCGUGAACUUGGUCAUAAGUCCGACGGUCAAACCAUCGAGUGGCUUCUUCGUCAAGCUGAGCCUUCUAUUAUUGCUGCUACUGGUACUGGUACUACUCCUGCUAAUUUCUCCUCUGUUUCUCUUUCCGUUAGAGGAAAUGGCGGCGGCUCUGCUUCUCUCUCUUCCCCUUCUUCCACUACUUCUACUCUUUCCCUCUCACGUCCUCAACCUCUUUCCGGUCCCACGCCGUUUAUUCUCGGCAAGCGUGUUAGGUCCGACGAUGAUGCUAAAGACGAUGCCUUAGGAGUGGGUCAAGCGGUUGGGUCCAUAGUGGGUCCGACGGGGCCUGGUGGGUAUUGGGCGAUUCCGGCUAGACCCGAUUAUGGCCAGGUUUGGAGUUUUGCUGCCGCGGCUCCGUCGGAGAUGGUGGUUCAACCAGGGGGGAUUGCUCAACAAGCUUCGUUGUUUGCUCAACAGCAGCAGCCGAUUAGAGAGGCGUCGGCGGCCAGAGUGGGGAAUUACCUUCCUGGUCAUCUGAAUUUACUGGCGUCUUUGUCCGGUGGAGGUGGUUCUGGACGGCGGGAAGAUGACCCUCGUUAAUUGUUGUAAUGGGUUGGGGAUAUUCUUCUUCUUCUUCUUCUUCGUCGUCGUCGUAUUUUGUACAAAUUAUGUGUGUCAAUUGCUUUCCUGUGUGCAGCUAAGAAAAAGGGUUAAUUCUAGUGGGAAUGUAGGAUUCUAGGGUUUCAGUUUGCUUGGAAAUCAGAAUUCGUAGAUCGACUUUCGAUUUUCCAUGGAUGAGUUCGUUCAGAUUAGAACUUUAGGGUUUGAAAUUGCUAGAAACAAAAAUUAGGGUUUUAUUUUUCUUCUUCCAUCUUAUGAGAGUGAGAAGAAGAUUCAAGAUUCAUCGCUGCUGCGAAUUGACGAUUGAUGAACUCGAACAGGGGAAGCAGAUUUGUUGAACAUUGAAUCGGAGCUUCAGUUUUUGGCCGGAAUCGGCUUACUUAUUGCAGUUGCGACGACACCAUUGAAGACCAUUCUGAAGCUAUCUUCUUCAAUGGUCACUACCAUUUGAAUUUGAAAAGAUGAAGCUCCAAUCUCUCACUCUGUAAGACCUCUGUUUUUUCUUCUAAAGAAUUCCAUUUGUAUUCUUAGAAUUUGUUGGCUUGACAAUAAUGGGUGUUUAUUAUUAUUUUCAUUAUUUUUUUUUUCUUGUUCUUGUUUAUGUCAGUGGAUUGUUUCUGGGAUUUCUCUGAUGUGAAUAAAAAUCCCAUUGGUUUUUUCUACCAUUUUUGCAAGUAAACAACAUUGUUACAUUACAUCA